AAAAAACCGAACCAACAACUCACACACAAAAAGCAGAACAUUAUCCAAAGUUAUGGACAGAGCAGAGGAGGCAGAGCAAGAAGAAGAGUUUAGCGAUUGGGUAGUUCUACAAACCUCACCAAGUGACGCAUCUACCCCUCCAAACUCACCGAUAUUACAAACAAGCCAUCUACGUGAAAAUUCAACCGACGACGACGACGAUGAUAAAGAUUUUGUUGUCUCUGUCGUCGGAGAAGAAGAAAAUGAAUCUUCCUCCCCCGUGAAUCUUUCGCUUCCGUGGCGUGUGAUCGAAACUGCCAAAAAGCGAUUGAUCAAGGACUCAGUGUGCUUCUUCCAGGCCGUGGAGAGGGUACGUUGUAGUUACCUGACAAGAAGAAGGGUACUUUGGUCAUUAACAGUCAUUGGAGGUUUCUCGUUGGUCUUGAGCCUUGUUUACGUGAAGGUCGUGAGAUGGUGGAGACGAUUACAAGAAGAGAAGCUGAGGUUUCUGCCUCUUCUGCUUAGAGAGAAAGAUCAGAAAAUAAAGGAGCUUAUGGUUGAAAUUGGGAGACUGAACGAGUUGUUAUCAUCAAGACGCAGAGUUCGAGUGGUUCGAAUCAUGUGACUAGAUGAAUAUAUAUGUAUGGUUUAGAAGAGCUUUUACGAUUUGUUGUGUUGUGUGAUUAUUAUACAGACAUAGAGUUUCACGUGUAUGUAAGAAUAUAUACAAAACUCGAAGAAAAAUAGAGUGGAAUACAGUUUACUUUGAUGUAUUGUCUUUUGUUUUUUUAGUUAUGAAUAUAAUUUGUGCUUAAUGUUUGAUUUAAAAAAACUAAACGUACUGUA